AUGUCCCCACACCCACUCCACGAUAUAGGCAAACGAUUUCAUCAUUCUUCAAUUAUGUGUUCUUCAAAAUCAAAAAUGGUUCAAACAACUCAAACAAAUCAUGAUGCUACUCCGGCAGCCAACAUGGUUUCAGACAUCAAUGGUCGGCCGGUGCUUCAACCAGCUACCUCUAACCGAGUUCUAACAAGAAGUUCUCUUAAAAAAAGUCUCCCCCUCCCUAAAUCGUCUUCAGUAGUUCAAGUUUCCCAACCACCACUUCGCACUACCAUUCCAACUGCAAAAACCAACACCACUGAAAGGAUUCUUUCGUCUCCACCCACCAAAUGCACAACCCAAAAAACUAUUAUUCCCGUAAAGAAGCCAAAGAAAACUGUUGUUUCGAGUGGUCGAACCAGCAGUACUAAUCCUAAUUCGUUGGCGGUGGAGUACUCAUCAGCGGCGAUUGUGGAUUCUCCGGGGAGUAUAGCGGCUGCAAGGAGGGAACAGGUGGCAGCGAUGCAGGUUCAGAGGAAAAUGAAGAUUGCUCACUAUGGUAGAUCAAAGACUAACAAUUAUGAUGGCUGCAGUAAGCUCACAUCAUUUUCUGAUACGACUACUUUCAAUGUUAGGGAAGAGAAAAGAUGUAGCUUCAUCACUCCUAAUUCAGACCCGAUAUUCGUUGCAUACCAUGAUGAAGAAUGGGGAGUUCCCGUUCAUGAUGAUAAGUUGCUCUUUGAAUUAUUGGUGCUGACAAGUGCUCAAGUUGGAUCGGAUUGGACUUCGGUGUUAAGGAAAAGACAACAGUUUAGGGAGGCAUUCUCUGGUUUUGAAGCAGAGAUUAUAUCCAUGUUUACCGAAAAAACAAUAACAUCAACGAGUAGUCACUAUGGGAUUGAAGUUGGCUUUAUAAGAGCAGUUGUCCAAAACUCUAACUGUAUUCUUGAGAUUAAGAAAGCAUUCGGGUCAUUCAACAAGUAUAUAUGGGGAUUUGUGAAUCACAAGACUAUUGCAACUCAGUACAAGGUGAAUCACAAGAUGCCAGUUAAGACAUCUAAAUCGGAAGUGAUAAGCCGAGAUAUGGUGAGAAGGGGAUUCCGGCAGGUGGGUCCCACUAUUAUCCAUUCUUUUAUGCAAGCAGCGGGCCUCACCAACGAUCACAUCACCAGUUGCCCACGCCAUCUCCAGUGUGUCGACGCCUUGGUGUCCCACCUUCCAAAUACUACAUCCACCAUUAAUCUCUAGUCAUCAACUAAUUUAAUUAGUCUUAAUUUAUAUCUGCAGAAACUAUAUGAUAUGAUAGAUAUCUAACAACACGUACUUCCAUUUAGUUUCUUUUUAGUUUAAUUUGAGUGAGGUUUGCAUGUACCAUACGUUUGGUUUUGUUAGCUGUAAAGAUUAUGAGCAUGUGAAGAGUGAGCAGAGAAUGGAAUCUAGAGCAUGUGGGAAUGGCUUUAAUUAGUGACCACUUCAAUGCCAUUCUAUUGAGUGAUAUAAGUUUGUAUAUGUAUUUUUUCUUACCUUCCUUGGGGAAGGGGGAACGUAGGGUAUAUGUAGUCAUUCAAGACCCCAUCAAUAAUGUCAAAAGUGUUUAUGAUGGGGGUAUGCAUGUGGGCAUAGCAUACCUCUUUUAUGAUUUGUAAAUGCUGUGGCAUAAGUUAAGCAUCUUUCUAUCU